CAUACUCGUCUGGACAGGACCGUGUAUUUACUUGGAUCUUGGAUCGGAACCACAGACUUCUAUAGUAUAUAGAACAUUCAGAACUUCGGAAUAGUAGUCAGACUUUCAUGUGCUCAAAACGAUUCCUUCGUCCGGUGAAUAUGAAAGUUACGUAAAUUCCUCUGUGUAAAUAUACUUGUCUAUUUUUUGCUGGAUUGUAUUAAAAAAACUGUGCGUAUUAAUACAUGGUAACGCAUCGGAAAUUGACGUACCUUAGUUAAAGAAUGGUUUAAGGACAUGAAGAUUACAAAGGAGAUUCGAACUGUUGUUGUACCGACCAUCUGUUCUAAACAUGUUUAGUACCAUAAAAGAAAACUCGGAGGAAGAUCGACAUGUUACUCUUAUAAUAAUUUCAAACGAAACAAUAUGAGGAUAAUCUAUUUAUCUAAAUACUUGUCAACUUGUUUCGCUGAACUCGCCACUACGAUGGAAAAUUUCUGACGAACGAAUUAUUGUUUGUAGCGGAUUGAAUAUCACGACGAUGUAGAUGAAGAAGAGGGAUUCGUUUUAAAGAAAACAAGCGGAAUAAACGGGGAAUAAAAAUGAUCGCCAUGUGUCAAUUACUACAUCUUCGUAGUCGCUCUUUGCGAACCCUUAUUCUAGGAUUGAUCUGUUUGACUUUCUACGCGUAUUAUCGUACGACUCUCUACGAUGUUCCUCAGUAUACUGUACCACGAAACAUUUGUCGACCUGCAUCUCUGGAGAUUUACAAGCAACGAUCAAACACCAGCAUAGAGAUUCAUACAGGAGCUUUGUCCAAAAAUGACUCUCCAGAAUUAUCUGUCAUUGAUCCUUACAGUGUACAAAAUGCUAAUCUUUCGAAUGCUCUGAUUACUACGCAGUCAACAUCUUCUAGUUCUCAAACCGCGAACGUAUCAAUCGUUGUUUCCAAGCAAAGCAGCGAAAAACCACCUACGCAAAUGGACAAGGUUAUCAACGAGAUGAAAGCAGUUUCUGUGCUUCCCAAUGAAUACUCUGCACGUGCUAUUUAUGAAGCUGGCCAUAUGGUACCAAUACCGGAGAAAUGUCCAAAUUUUGGUAAAGAAAUGGAUCUGGUAAUAAUAAUAAUGUCUGCACCAACUCAUCUAGAAGCUAGAAUGGCAAUACGACAAACAUGGGGUCAUUUUGGUCAGAGAAGCGAUAUUAGUAUCUUGUUUAUGUUAGGUGCAACUAUGGACUCCAAAGUGGAAACAAUUUUGAGAAAGGAACAAAAAACUUACAACGACGUAAUACGCGGAAAAUUUCUAGAUUCGUAUUCUAAUUUGACGCUUAAAACAAUUUCUACCCUCGAAUGGGUAGAUAGUUAUUGUUCCAAGGUUAAAUUUCUUUUAAAGACUGAUGACGACAUGUUUAUUAAUGUUCCACGUUUGCAAGCUUUCACGAUGAAACAUGCAAAAGAGAAGAAUGUAAUAUUCGGCAGACUAGCCAAAAAAUGGAAACCAAUUAGGAACAAAAAAAGCAAGUAUUAUGUAUCUCAAGCACAGUUUAAACAUACAAUCUUCCCGGACUUCACCACCGGACCAGCGUAUCUUUUAUCCAGUGAUAUCAUACGUAAGCUGUAUGAUGCUGCGUUAGACCAAACAUAUCUUAAACUUGAAGAUGUUUUUGUGACUGGUAUAGUUGCAAAUAAACUGGGUAUCAAAAGGACGCAUGCUAAUGAAUUUUUAAAUAAAAAAAUAUCGUAUAGUGCGUGUAAUGUUCAACGAGGUAUAAGUAUUCACAUGGUCAAGUACAGCGAGCAAUUUGAUCUUUGGAAAAAAUUACUCGACGGCAAAAGCAAAUGUAAAUGAUAGAUAUCUGAUAAGAUAGUAGAUAUUAUAUCAUUGAUUUUUUUCAUUUUGCAACACGAUUACUCCGAAAAAAUCAAUAAUAUGAAAUCUUAUCACUAUGAAAGCUUGAAAUCUACAGUAGAUGUUUGAGGUUUCCAAGUCACACGACAAAUAAUGUUAGUCAUUUAUUGCAAUAUGAAAUCUGUUAGACUGUGUUAAAUCAAUUUGUAACAUUUAUUUCUCUCCUUUUUUUCUUUUUCUUUUCCCUUUCCAAAUCAAUUAAGAACAGAAAUCAUGAUUUCAUAUUGCAUACUUGAUACGUAAUGUACUUUUGCGCCUCGUCAUAGAAAACUGUCUCUCUAAAUAAUUGUACGUGAAUGAAUGACUCGUAGUUUCAUGCAUGAACUAUCUAAUAUUUAUAAUAUUCAAACAUCAUCACAAUCAAACAACAGUACUCAUAAUAUACUUAAUAUUUUAACAUUUAUGAAUGUACGAGAAAUAGAAGCUUCCUACAUGCACAAUUGCGCGAUCAUUUCGAGUAACAUCUAAGUAUUUAUCAUAAGAAGAUCGAGAAUUUAAAACUAUUUUCUCCGAUCAAAUACUUUUCACAAAGCUCUCUGUUUGGAUAUAACGCGGAAUGAUUUAAUGCGAUUACGUAAUCUAUCAUUUCGUUACGCAGUGGUAUAUAUGUGAAGAAGAUUUUUCCUUUCCCACGAUGUAAAACGAACAAUCAAAUAAUUAACAGCGUACCAUUCAAACAUGUAUUGAUAUCGAUACGCUAUCGACGGUAGACAUGUGAAAAUAAUGUUUCGACAGGAAUCGUCAUCGAGUAAACAGCGCGUUUAAUUACUAAAGUACGUGAUUCAGUUCAUAUCAACGAUUUUUUUUUCUGUCUAAAAGAAAAACAAAGCAGAAAAUAGCUGUACUUAAGAUGCGUUUCAGAAAGAAAUAAAGUAAAAUAAUUAGAAUUCGAAGGUGUAUACGAAAAAGCGCGUUUAUCGUAUUAAAUAUAUGUACUCUGUAUAAAUCUGAGAUUUAUCGAAUUUAAAUUUUUAUAUAACUGGGGAAAUGGUAUUUUAAAAAUCGUAUGCGCAGUGUAUUAUUUAAAACAAUUCAUUUUUUUCUAUAAAGAAAAGACAUGAAUGAAGUAAUGACAUUACUCAGAUGAAUGAAACGUACAAUAUAGAAAUAUUGUACAUGCCAGUAUUAUAAACUAUUAUAAUACGCGAUACAAUGAACAAUGACUUAACGAUUAUGACAUGCCUUCCGGGAUGACCAAUAUCGUUUUAUACCAACGAUUGUGAACGUAUGUACGGUCAUGAGAUACCUACAUUCCAUACUUUUGCUGACAUAGUUACUAUCCAUGAACAAUUUGCAUUUUAUUUUUAUACGAUUCUAUUGCAAAUAUAUUCUGUGAAAUUAUACUA